AUGCCGAUCUGCAUCGAGUGCUCGUAUCCUGUCUCGCAUCUGUACAGUGCCUACAGCCGUGCGGAUGAUCGAUCUCUGGGCAAAGGCGUGCGCUUGACGCAAUGUCCGCACUGCAAGCGAUUCGCCGACAAAUAUGUCGAGCAUGACUUUGUGGUCAUCUUUAUUGAUCUUGUCUUGAUCAAGCCGCAGGUAUACCGCCAUCUGCUCUUCAACCGCCUUGAAGGAGACGAGCACAAGUUUGAUCGCUCGAUCACGCGACUCGGCAUUCUUCUCCUCCUGUUUGAUGUUUACCUUACCUGGGCGCGAAUAGAGAAAUCUCCGUUCAUCGACAAAACAUCCCUCUCGCACGCCCCCAUCAUCGUGCAGUACCUCUUCUUCUUGAGUUUAAACGCACUGGCAACUCUCGCCCACCACAUUACAGUCCGUCUAUUAGCAUCUAUACUCGCCCCAUCACGUACGAAACAGCUCAACCCUACUCCCAAUGUACCUCCAACGGAGACCCCCCUGGUUUCGUACCCCUCGACACCCGUCCUUCCCACCUUCGGACAGACACAACAACAACAACCUCCGGCACCCUCAUCAUCGCUAAGCCCGCCUAAAGCCGCAAUGCAAAGUCCGCCCCAAGAACUUCCAGGCGUCGAAAACCAACGUCCACUCCAGCCUUCCAGUCCACGCGACUCGUUCUGUGGGCUACCCUCACCUCUUCGUCGCGCAUCUACAACCCCAAUACAAACAGCCCACCCAUCUCCUCCACCCUCUCAAGCGACUCCGACAGCCAUUAGUACAGCCUUAUUCGUAAGCAGCUGUGCGAAACUUUUCCCAAUCCUCCUCGUCAUUUGGGGCCCGGACGGAAGCGGCAGCUCCGACUCUAGCCCUAGCUCUAAUCUCAGUCCCGACAUAAGCUCGACGAUAACACAGCCGAAUCUGGCACAACGGGCGCUAGGUGGGAUGACACCUACUAUAUCCAGUUCAACGGGCUCUUCAACUGGGACCUCAUCUGUCUCCUCGUCGCUCUUGCAAGGUUUAGUCCAGGCUAUGCCUGCAGCUAUACCAACAAGCUAUCUCGCCAACUUCGUGGAUUUGCUGAGCUCGCUAUUUACGCUCGGGGCGGCGGAUACACAUCUCGUGCUGCUUAGCAAUAUCGAAGCUCUCUAUAUCCUCCUGGGAUGUGGGUAUCUACGUGCCAUGGCACUGGCUGUCGCGGGACUGGUAGCUCGUUGGUCAGUGCAGAAGGUGAUUCUGGGGGCCGUAGGUGUUGGAUGA